UUCGACACUGAAAAAAUGAAGCAGCUCCCGAUAUUCCUUGUGUUCAUGGUUGCCACCGCUUUCUGCGACAACAUUGGCUUCUUCAAAUCACCAACUGAAAAGCGAUGCGACAAAGAUUACGAGUGCUCUGGAACUGAUUUGUGCGGACAUUACGUGUGCACACCAUUAUCUGAAUUUAGAAAGUGCCCAGAGGACAAACGUUGUGGAUUUGAAUACAGCUGCAUGUCAGGAGUGUGCAGAUAUAUGUCUGACUUUGAUGCUGAACGCCGUUUCUCAAAUUUUGGACCAGACAUGAAGUGUAAGGACAGCAGAGUUUGCCCGAUUGGUUUGCAUUGUUCAAAUGGAAAUUGUGUGUAACAUUCCGAAUUUCUCGAACAACAAAUAUUGAGUUUUUAUACAUAAUAAACUAAUUGCAGACAAA